AUGCUGUACGAUUAUCAACCGCAGUCUUAUCAGCCGCAGCAGCCCCUGCCGCAAAGAGGACGCGGAGGAAGAGGAGGAAGAGGAGCAGGUGGUUCAAGACUUGGUACAGGAACCUCUGCCGUGAUGCCGAAGAAGGAUUCCAAAUCCGAUGAGGGAGGCCGCAAGAACAAGAUGAGUCAGGCGGCUGCGGCCAAGCUGGAACAACAGCAGCAACAGCAGCAGCAGCAACAACAGCAGCAACAGCAACAACAGGACGAUGUAUCGGGCAUGAAAGGCGGUGGUCCCGGUACGGGUCGGCCUGGUUCCGUUGGACCGGGAGGAAUGAAACCGUCGGACGCUUGCAGUAUUAACGCGGGCGGUGGUCCCGGACCGAACAGCGGUGUUAUGGAUGCGCUGGGUAAGGCUGGCGUUCCGGUGAUGGGAGGUGGUGUGGGUGGCCCUCUAGACGGUGGUGGUGGUCAUCCGAUGGAUGGGAAGAUGAACCCCGGUUUGGCCGGUAUGAUGGCGGGCAACAAACCGUCAAACAAGCUGGAGUACACGCAGCAACAGAGCCAGAUAUUUGUGUUCUCGACGGCGCUCGCGAAUAAAGGCGCCGAAGCGGUACUGAGCGGACAGUUCAACUCGAUCAUUGCAUAUCACUGUGCGCAGAUGCAGAAACAGAACCGUCUCGGCGGCCCCGGACCGGACGAGAUGACCGGGAACAGUGUGGGACCGGGCGCGAUGUCACCGUGGAUGGAUCACGGCCACGGACACGGUUCGCCCGAUCAUCAUCCGAUGGGACCGCGGGGCAUGGGCGGACCGGGUGGUCCACCGGACGGUAUGAAAAAGUCAGCCACCAUUCACCAUACGGCCAAUGCGUCCUGCCUGGAGAAUGACGGCUCGUUGCCGAUGUUUGGCGGCGGUCCCGAUGGGCACAUGCCGCCCCACAUGCGCAUGGGACCGGGCGGGGGAGGGCCGCUCGACCCGUCGAUGGUGAUGGGGAAAAAGUCGGCCACCAUUCACCACACGCCGAACGCUUGCAUGGAUCAGGACGGGAGCGGUCUGCCGAUGUACCCGACGGAUGGGCACGGAGGGGGGCCACACAUGCGCAUGAACCCGGACGGAAUGUCCAAACCGUCGACCAUUCAUCAUACGCCCAGCUCAUGCAUGGAGGGUGACGGUAGCGGUGAUCCGACCGUGGGAAGCCACCCGGGCGUUAAGAUGGAAAACCCGUCACCCGUUGGGUCGCACAUUUCGCCGAGCGGUGGUGGUGGAGUGCCUGGUGGUGGUCCGGGUGGUGGUCAUGGAGGAGGUGGACCCGGUAUGGGUCCGGGAGGAGCGGGCGGUGGUCCCGGCGGCAGUCACUCCAGCUCGACGAUAAUCGACCAGAUGAACUCGCUGGUGGCGUCACUCCCGCUGAUGAAGGGUGGCAAUGUACUUUCGCAAUCGCGUGGCCAUCCGCAACCGUCGCUGCAAGGUGUAAAAGUGCCGGACGAAAAUUUAACGCCCCAGCAACGGCAACACCGGGAGCAACAGCUCGCCACGUUACGCCAGAUGCAGAAGAUGUUCUUUCCCGAGCAACGCGCCAUGGGCAUGGAUCCGCACGGCAUGGGCAUGAGGCCCCAGUUUCGGGGGCCUGCCACCGGUAUGCCGCCGGACUUCGGGGGACCACCGAAUCGGCCGCUAAAUCCUGCCUUUAUGAAUACGCCCCUCGGUAGUGGUGGUAUGGGUGGCCCGGUGGACGGUGGACCGGGUCCGGGGCCGGGACCCGGUCCCGGUAUGAUUAACGAACAGAUACCGCCGAUGCAAUACAACAAACCGAACAUGAUGAACCCGGGCAUGUACGGAGGUGGCGGUAUGGGAGGCGGCGGUCACGGAGGAGGCGGAGGUCCGAUGGGUGGUCCAAUGGGUGGCCCGAUGGGAGGUCCCGGUGGUCCGAUGGGUGGUCCGAUGGGUGGCCCAAUGGGUGGACCUGGUGGUGGUGGCCCAAUGAAUCGUAUGUACAAAGCAGACCCCGACCCAAUCUUUCCACCCAUGACGGAGAUGGGUGGAUAUGGCGGUGGAGGCGGGGGCGGUGGCGGUGUGAUGAAUAAUCAUGGUCCUGGUAUGUUUAAUCCCGGCAUGCAGCAACGAAUGGGUAUGCCACCGGGCGGUGGUGCUGGUGGACCCGGACCCGGUGGUGGACCGAUGGGUGGCGGGCAUAUGGGGAUGGGUGGACCGAAGAUGGGACCGGAUCCGUCGAUGCUUGGUGGCCCCGGUGGUCCGAUCCCACAGUCCCCCCUGAUGGAUGAUGACCUCAGCAAGGGUUCGAUGCAGCAGCAGCAAAUGAUGCUUCCCGCAAAUCCACCUCUUCCGCAGCAACCGGGCACACCGACGGGUGGUGGUGUCGGUAGCAACGGUGGCCCCAUGUCGGUCGGCAUGAAUCCGGGCCUGAAUCCCAACGGCGCCAACGGUACGGUCAACAAUAAUGGUAAAACGAAAGAGCCUUCCGUUUCGCCGGAACAGCAACAGCAGGGUGGCCCUGGCUCGAACCAGCAGCAACAACAGCAGCAAGGACCCGGCAGUCAACAGGGGCCCUUGACACCGCAAACCCCCCAAGGCGGACAGCAAACACCCGGGCCACCACUCACUCCACAGACAUCGAUGGCCGGUUCGUAG